CGACUGUACAUUAAUCCACUUCUCGCUCUAUUCCGAUACCCUCACGAGGAAGAUGGGAUUCUACGACGAGAUCGAAAUUGAGGAUAUGAUAUGGGACGACGCCAAGGGCGUGUUCCACUACCCCUGCCCGUGUGGAGACCGAUUCGAGAUCUCGCGCAAGCAAUUGGCAAAUGGGGAGGAUAUUGCUGUUUGCCCGAGCUGUAGUUUGGUGAUUCGUAUAAUCUACGAUUAUCUUGAUUUCGAGGAUGAAGGGGAUGAUGACGAGGAGGUCAAAGAGGAAGAAGCUGAGGAAUCAGACGACAACGCUGACGAGAAGUUCGAGGAUGCUGUCGAGCGCCUCGAAGUCGACCUUACCUCCCGCAUGGCUGAGGCACGCGUAUAGAAUAAACUUCAAACCGGCGCGAACGCACAAGCAGUUGCAUCCUCGUCGACAUCACCAACCCAUCGGGGAGUGUGCAUCGAAGCAUUACAACGCGGAUGAUGCUGGGUGGGAACGGCGGGGUGCUGAUCUCCGGAGAUCAUAGAUACCAGCUUCCUGCU